UUUGCCUCUGUGAAUCAUGGGAAUCGUAGGAAAAUAUGGAGAGGCUAGCGAUAUUAUGGCUGCCUUGAGUUUGAGACUUAACGAUUCUGAAGAGAUGACUAUUUACCACUAACCUAACUGACGAGAUGAAUUUUCACCUAGCUAUGUGAGAAAUUGAAAAGAGCAAUCUUCACAUUUUAGUUUCAGCAAUGGCAAGAAGUAGUGGUGAAACUCAGCUACAGAGAAUUAUCCGGGAUAUGCAGGAUGCUGUGACAGAACUGAACAAAGAAUUUUUAGAAACAGGAGAACCAAUCACAGAUGAUUGUGUCAUCUUGCACAAGUUUUCUUAUAAGCUUGAGUACCUCUUGCAGUUUGACCAGAAGGAAAAAUCCACCUUACUAGGCAAUCCGAAGGACUACUGGGAUUAUUUUUGUGACUGUCUGGGUAAGGUUAAAGGUGCAAAUGAUGGGAUUCGCUUCGUCAAAUCUAUUUCAGAACUCCGCACAUCUCUUGGUAAAGGGAGGGCAUUUAUCCGCUACUCCUUAGUGCACCAAAGGCUUGCAGACACUUUACAACAGUGUUUUAUGAAUACCAAAGUAACAAGUGACUGGUACUAUGCAAGAAGUCCCUUCCUCAAUCCAAAACUGAGUUCUGAUAUUAUUGGUCACCUCUAUGAAUUAACUGAAAUUCAGUUUGAUUUGGCAUCAAGAGGCUAUGAUUUAGAUGCUGGUUGGCCCACAUUUGCCAGGAGAACGUUGUGCUCACUUGGAUCCUCAGCUUACCUAUGGAAGCCUCCAAGCCGCAGUUCAAGCAUGAGCAGUUUGGUGAGCAGCUCUGUGCAGGCUCCAGACAACCUUUCCAGCCUAAAUGAAAAUAGCUUUUUUAAUACUGAAUCUCUUGAAGGUCUAGAUGAUUUGCACAUGGAUCUUGACCAGGCAGAGCUGCAGCAGAAAGAACUACAGAUUCGAAUCCAACAUCUGGAAGAAGAAAAGCAAGAGCUUCAGGCCAUUGAUGGCCUUCAGAAGCAGCAACUGCAAAUGGAAAGAGAGAAGAACAGUGAUAUGGCAGAAGAGAAUGACAGGCUAAGAAAAAUGCUAGGGGAGUUAGAAAAACAGAUUUCCCAUUAUACUCAGGGCACCAUACAGGAGUUCCAAAAAUGUUUAGAGACACUAGAACUGAAUGCAACUGAAAAGCAGAAAGAAUGCUCUGCAAAACUUGAGAACCUGGAGUCCUUGAAAAAUGUUCCUGAUCCCAAAAUUCUUCUUUUGAAUCAAGAGCUAAAGACCAUGGAAAUCUGGUUGGCCAGGAAAGAUCUCUUGAUCGAUGAGCUUACUGCUAAACUAAAGUCAGCAGAGAAGAAAACUGAGGAGUUUGUAACAAAAGCAAAUAAUCUUACGGAUGAAAAAAAUCAUCAGGCCACUAGCCAAUAUGAGUCCAUACUAAAGAUUGAGGAGUUAUUAAAAAAACUUUGUUGGGCAGAAGAGGAAAAGGCUGAUGCUCAGAAACUGCAUAGUGAACUUCUUUCUCAUUUUAAAAUUAUGGAAGAGCAACUCCAUGUGAAAGAAGAGAAACAGAAAGAAUUUGAAUUGAAACUGAAAUGCCUUACCAUUAGCACAAAGGAAGAAUCUGAAAAGUUGCUUGUUAAUCUGGAAGCCAUGACUACUGAAAGGGCUGAACUUAAGAAAGAGCUAGCAGUGAAAGACAAAAUGGUAGCUGAUUUUCAAAUCCAGCUGGCAGAUAUACUGGAUUAUAUAAAAUCAUUAGAGCAAAAGCUUCAGGAAGAAAAAAAAGAAAAGGCAGAAUCUGAGAGGCUACUAAGUCAUACAAAAACAACAAUGGGACAAGAAAUAAAAAAUUUAAUGGAGCAUCUUGAAUUGCUGGAAGUGCAGUUGGCAAAACUCAAUGACUUGGUGAAAAGUUUAGAAGAGCAAAAACUGGAAGUUGCUAUGAAAAGAGACUAUCUCGAGACAAGAGUAUUGGAAAUGGAACACCAGAUCACAAAACAGUGCUCGUCAUUGAGAAAUUCCUUUGAAGAAAAUGAAAACCUCAAAUCCCAGAAUACUAAACAGCACCAAACCUAUCAGAAAUUGGAAGAAAAAUGCAGAGAGUUAGAUGUAUCUAAAUCAUUUUUAGAAGGAGAAGUUGCUCGAUUAAGAGCCUCUGAGAAACAGCUCCACAGUCAGAUAGAUGCCAUAGUAUCUGUAGAUGAAAAGGAGAAAACACUUCGAAAAAAGAACAAGCUGUUGGAUGAAAACUUGCAAAAUGCUACAAGAGAAAGUCAGCUUUUUGAUGAAAAAUUGAAGGCUCUGGAAGCUGAUUACCAAGAAUUGAAACAAAAUGAAAAUAGAAUUGCAGAAUUCUUAAGUGUAGUCCAAGCAGAGCUCCAGAAUGCCAAAGAACAUAAUCUGCAAAUGGAAAAGAAUCUGUCUUUUUCAAGGCAGAAUGAAGAAUCUCUGAAGUUACAGCUUACAGAGAAAAUGGUGUUAUUAGAAGGCCUGGAGAACCAAUGCAAUCAACUUCAAGAACAGGCUGCGGGGUAUAGAAUUAAAGUUGAAACUCUUGAGAAAAAUUGCCUUCAUCAAGCAAAAACAAUAGAAUCUCUUACUUCUGAAAAGAUUUCUGUAGAGAAAGCCCAAUUGGAAUUGGUAUCUUAUCAAAAGAACGAAGCUAAAGAUUUGACAUUAAGACUGGCUGUUUCUGAGGAACAGCUGAAUAUCAGUUUGGUAGAAAUAUCUAGACUCCAGGAUGAAAUUAUAGAAUUUCAAGCCAAGUUUCAGCAGACAGCUGCAGAGAAACAAAAACUUCAGGAAAAAUUAGAUGUCACAGAAUCUGUUUUAAGUGAGCAAAAAUUAUUGUCUCAGCAGCUGAAAGAGCAAAAUGAAAUAUUGAACAGAAACCAUAUACAACAACUACUUCAAUGUAAAGAAGAAGAGGAAAUGCAGAAAAAUGAAUGGAAAAAAGUAGCCGAACAGAAAGCUGAAUUGGAAAAGAAUGUGUUGUGCCUAACAAAUGAAUUGUCCACAGUUAGGAAUGAUUUAGAAGUUGUUAAUAUGGAAAACAUGGAAAUCAAGGACCUUCUCCAAAGAACCAACAUGGACAUGGCCGAGCUGGGUAUUCAGAUUUGCUCUCUGACAUCUGAAGAGACAGGAAUGGAAGAAAAGCUUGCCCAAGUCACAGAGUGCAAAGCUACCAAAGAACUAUCAAUCAAAGAACAAGAGAAGAUGCAACUUGAGCUGACAAGAUUCAGUAAGGAGAAACAGGAAUUACAAGAGAAACUGGAAAAUUCAAAUGUUUGUGCUGCCAUUGUCCCUGACCUGCAAACUCAGCUGGAAUUGACAGAGAUACAAACAAAGAGUUUGCAAGAAACCAGCAAAGAAGAGGUAGCAACUAUCAAAUUUCAACUGAGCACAGAAAUUCUAAACUAUCAGACAAAAUUUAAGGCUCUCAGUGAAGAAUGUGAAAAAUUAAAGGAAGAACUUGCAGAACAGAACCAACAAGCAAAUGCUGCAGAAGAGGCACUCAGGGAAAUGCAGACUCUGAAAAGAGACCUAUACGCAAAACUGAACCUUUCCAUGGAUCAAGUGACUGAGUACAAAGCAGCCCAGCAAAAGAAAGAUGAAGAACUCGUAGAACUUAAAGAAGAUCUUAAAAGAGCCCAGACCGAAAUCAGCAGAACAAAUGAACAAAUUCAAGACUACUAUGGUAAAUUCAACAAGAUGAAAUCAGAGCGAGACAACAAUGAGGCCAAGUUACUGGCUGAACUGGAUGACCUAACUAGAACAAAGCAGUUCCUGGAAGAAAAGUUAAUUGAACUUCUCAGGGACAAGGAUGCUCUUUGGCAGAAAUCAGAUGCUCUGGAAUUCCAGCAGAAGCUCACAGCAGAACAAAGAUGGCUUGGUGAUGCCGAAGUCACCAAUUGCUUAGAAUGUCAAAAAGAAUUUGGCUGGAUGAAUCGCCGACAUCAUUGCAGAAUGUGUGGACGCAUUUUCUGCUAUUACUGCUGCAACAAUUAUGCCUUUUCAAAGCAAACAGGAAAGAAAGAACGCUGUUGUCGAGCUUGUUUUAAAAAAGUAACUGCCAAUCCCGUUGAUUCCAAGUUAAACUUGACAACAGAAGAAUCAUCUUCAUCAUCAAGUCUGCUGUCCUCACCAUUGUCCCUGGUCCAUAAAAUUUUGGUUACAAACGAGGCCUCUAAGUCUACAGAUGAUGCAAUGUUUGAUAUAAUAACAGAGGAAGAAGUGGGUCAAAUAAAGGAAGGUGAUUCUGUUCACAGCAAAAAUCAAACUGAAGAAUCUCUGGACCAUGGUGUGCCAGAUCUAAACAGCACCUAUAGCUCCUCAACUGUUGAUGAAUCUGAUGAUUUGGAAAUGACACAAGAUGCAGAGAUCUGUUUGCUGAAGUCAGGAGAAUUGAUGCUAAAGCUACCUCUCACAGUGGAGGAGAUUUUAAAGUUUGGAGAAGGUACCCGAGAACUGUUUAUUAAGUCAAGUACUUACAGCAUUAUUCCAAUCACUGUAGAUGAGACUGGCCUUACAAUAAAUUGGGUGUUUUCAUCAGACCCAAAGAGUGUAUCAUUCAGCGUAGUGUACAAGCAAUCAGAAGAAACCUCUUUGGAUCAAUGCAAAGUUCUUAUUCCUAUGACUCGCUGCAAUUCUCAUAAGGAAACUAUCAGAGGGAAUGUAAAAAUCCGAAAUGCUGGAAUUUACAUACUUAUUUUUGACAACACUUUUUCUAGGUUUAUCUCAAAAAAAGUGUUUUUCCACCUAUCUGUUCAACGACCAGUGAUUUAUGAUGGAAGUGAUUUUCCAUAGUUCUUCCUGUAUGAAAUAUCUUGCAAGAAACGCUAUUAUUUUUGUAUGAGCGUGUUUGUAUGCGUGUGCACAUGCAUAUGUGUAUCUGCGUCUAUGUGUCUGUGGAUAGACACACAAACAUAAACAUAAAUAUGAAGCACUAAAAUCACAGAAGGAUAUAAAUCCUCCAAGAUUUAUGCAAUAAUUCAGAAACCAUACUUAAAUAUACCCUUUCCCCCCAAAAUAAGACAUCCCCUGUUAAUAAGCCCAAUCGGGCUUUUGAGCGCAUGGCAAUAAAGUCAAGCGCUUAUUUCAGGGUUCAAAAAAUAUAAGACAGGGUUUUAUUUUUGGGGAAACAUGGUAUAUGCAUGCAGAAAAAAACAUAGAUUUUAUGAGAGCAAUAAUGAUUCUAAACUGUGUGCCAGUUAUUCAAAAGCCAUUUUGUUUAUUAAAUAGUCAAUAUAGUUAUAUUCUGCUGCAUUUGAUAUCAAAAAUUAUUUUAAAUACAUUUUAUUAAAGAGCUAAGAAUAGGACAUUUAUUUUUAAAUAUAGAAGAUUUAAUAUAUGUCUAACAUUAAUUAUUGUUGGUUAUAUUGAGUCAGCAACAGACAGAAAAUCAGUUUUGUAUAAACAUUAAUACUGAUAAAUUAACUUCCCAGCUAAGUAAGCUACAGUUUAGGAUCUCAGAAUCUGAAGGGGCGCUUUAAAUUUUUAGAUUUUAAACAAUUAUAGUUUUAUUAUUUCAUAUAGUACAUGUAAAUUUUUAUCAGUUUGGUCCUCCUAUCCACUUCAAAUGAUCUUCAUUAAUGUAAAUGUGCUUUGUUUUUGCUGGUAUUCAUACUUUCCAUUUAAAGGGCUGUUCUCCACCCAUCAUAUGCAUCUUGGCAAUACUCUUACUAAAUUCAAUUCUCAUGCAGCCUUAUUCUUUGUUAGUAGUUGCCAAAAAGCAAAGUUUCCGAUACUUACAAUAUCUAAAUCUAGCCCUGAUCAUGGUAUUCUCCAAAUAUUAUAUAACCAACAUUCCUGUUGGUUAUAUAAUAAUUAAGAAUUCUGGGAGUUUUUACCCAGCAAGUAUGGCAGAUAUAAAUUGGGAAAAGUGGUUCAACAUGCAAAAAGGUGAUGUUUGGUAUCAAAAAGAUAUCUCUCCAUAUUGCAAAUGGGUGCUCACUUAAUAUGAUAUGUUGCCUAUGAAGCAGGAUUGCCUGCAGUACUUAAAUUAAUUUUCGAUCUAGAAGUAGGCUUACAUUGAUCUGUAUGCCUGCACAAAGACACAAUUUACAACCAAGUACAAAAUCUAUUUAUUUAUUUAUUUAUUUUAUUCAAUUUUUAUACCGCCCUUCUCCCGAAGGACUCAGGGCGGUGUACAGCCAAGUAAAAAUCACAAUAUCAAUAUUAAAAGAAAUUAAAACAAGCAUAUUAUAAAAUGGCCAGAUUUAAAACGAAUUAAAAUAUUAAAAUAUAAAUAACCCAAUAAAAUUUUAAAAGGUUGACAUGUUAUUUGUUUACCCAUUUUCCCAAAGGAGCGAACAAAUUGGGUUCAAAUAGGCUAGUUACACUUAAAUUUAGUCCAGAAAACAAAAUCCUAAAAAAAUAUUUUUACAGUUUAUAUUCUUUCUUUCUAUCCAUUACUAUAUUUGGCAUAUGUGUGUGUGUGUGUGUGUAUGUGGGUGGGUAGGUAGGUAGGUAGGUAGUUGAUCGGUCAGUAGGUUGGUCAGUUUUGGCGUAUUCGGGUCUUUUCCCGUGUAAGGUUGAGAGUAUCUUGGCGAUGUUUCAACGAAGUCUCACUCGUCAUCUUCAGGCUGGUGCUUACGGCUUCGUGCUUGUGGGAGCGAAGUGUGAUCAGAGCUGCCGUCUCUAUAAAUACGGGUGGGGAGGUGUGGAGUGUUGGCUUUGUUGCUGUAAGUGGGUUGGUUGACUGUGUGGUUGCAUCUUGAUUGAUAGGUGCAGUGGAUAUUUGCAGAUUAGUCGGCUGUUUCAUAGCAUCCUGUGUGGGUGUGGUCCUGGUUGUGUGUCCACUAGAACUUUUAUCUGGCAGAAAUACCAUCAUGCUAGAAAUUAUUCUUUUCUUUUGCACUUUGUACGAAUUAGCUUGAACUUUAAAUUUAGCCCGUUUAAGACUAGGAUAUGAACAAUAUGGCUUACUUGCUGCUUGAUAUUAUUACAGAAUACUGUGCAGGUCUAGUUAAUGGAUUUACCAAUGCAGUGCAGACACUUUGCUAAUGAUUUAAAAUUCUCUCAGUGCUUGUAUAAUCCCAAACAGACUUGCAAGUUGCCUGAUAUGAUUUUAAAAAAUGCUGGUAACUUAGAAGCAAAAUGAAAGAUAUUGUAGAUUGACCAUUUUUUGUUGAAUGUUAUUAUCAUGUUUUAAGAUAUUUAAGAUAAUAUUUUGUUUUGAGUUGAGUAGCAAUAAGGACUUAGUGCUAAAAUCUGGGGUGUUGUUUGCCAUGGAUUGUGCAAUAUCAAAUGGAUUAAAAUCUCUUAAUAUAUUAACAAUGGGUAUUCUCAGUCUAUUUUACUGUAGAAAUUUAAUAGAAUAUUUACUUUUUCCAGAAAUAGGUUUCUUUCAUGUAUAAAAGUAAUAUGAAAAGAAUGCUCAAUUAUACAGAUAAUGUAUUAUUUUAAAUAUAUAUUAUUGAUGAAGU